AUGGCGGGCAGCCGGCCUGACGCCGACAUACCCCAGACACCCCAGCACCCCUGCAAUCCCGGUCCCCGCGCCCGUACAGCCGGGGACGCUUGCACUGCUGCCGCCCUGAAGUCCCACCGCCUGUGCUGUCCUCCCUACGCCUUGUGCGCCCGCCUAGCCGGACCCCAGCGCCAGACCCGCCUGGAGGACUGCGGUCACCCCCUGUAUACCUUCCCCACCAGGCGAUCUGGACCGUGCGUGCAGCGCCCCGCCGUCCUCGCCCCGCGUAUCCCCGUCGCCAUCCUUGUCCCCGUCCUGCGCUGCAUCGGCGCUCUCCUUCCCAGUCUCCAUCCCGGCUCGGCUCGCGCCUUCCGGCCUCUCCGCCCGCCGCCCUCGCCCUUCCCGAGGGCCCCAGUCGCCGCCCUGGCGCUCCCCGCGGCCCCCGCCGAAGCCGCCUGCGCCCUGUGCCAGCGCGCGGCCCGCGAGCCGGUGCUUGCCGAUUGCGGCCACCGCUUUUGCCGGGCGUGCGUGGUGCGCUUCUGGGCGGAGGAGGACGGGCCUUUCCCGUGCCCCGAGUGUGCCGACGACUGCUGGCAACGCGCCGUGGAGCCCGGCCGCCCGCCGCUCAGCCGCCGCCUGCUGGCGCUCGAGGAGGCGGCCGCGGCACCCGCGCGCGACGGCCCGGCCUCGGAGGCGGCGCUGCAACUGCUGUGCCGCGCCGACGCGGGCCCGCUGUGCGCCGCCUGCCGCAUGGCCGCAGGGCCGGAGCCGCCGGAGUGGGAGCCCCGCUGGAGGAAGGCGCUGCGCGGCAAGGAGAACAAGGGGUCCGUGGAGAUCAUGAGGAAAGAUCUGAAUGAUGCUCGGGACCUGCACGGCCAGGCCGAGUCCGCUGCUGCUGUCUGGAAGGGACAUGUGAUGGACCGUAGGAAGAAGGCCCUGACAGACUACAAGAAGCUACGGACCUUCUUUGUGGAGGAGGAGGAGCGCUUCCUGCAGGAGGCAGAGAAAGAGGAGGGGUCACCUGAGGAUGAGGAUUCGGACCCCGCGGAGAGGUUCAGGUCCCUGCUGCAGGCCUUGUCAGACCUGGAGCGCAGGCACCGCAACCUGGGCCUCAGCAUGCUGCUCCAGUGAUGCCAGGCAGAGGAAGCUGGCUCCACCCGGGCCCAGCGCUCCCCCAGCUCCUCCGUCCACCUCCUUCAGGACCCCGGAGGGUCUACAUCUAGGUGUAGACAGGUUGCUUACCAUAGGUGCCACUUUGGGUUGUCCCCUCAACAGUGUCUAUGUCCUCUUUCCUUGGGUAUUCCUGUUUCCAGGCUGUAAAUGCCUCUCUGGAGUUUUGAAAGGGGGGGAGUGGGGUGGGUUAGUAACUCAAGUGUGUACCCUGUUCCAUCUCUUCAUAAAGCUGUUGUCGCUGCCAGA